CAGCGGGGCCGCACACCGCGGUUCCGGGGCUCCGCGACGACGCGCUGCCUGACCGGUAGGAGCCGCCGUCGACGAGCGACGGGUGCCGUCCAGGCCACGCCGGGUGCCGUCCCCUCGCCUCCCCCCACCCCCGCCACCGAUCCCUCAACCGGCGGACAUGGUUGAGGCAGAUCGCCCCGGGAAGCUUUUCAUUGGGGGGCUCAACCCCGAAACCGAUGAAAAAGGCCUAGAGGCCGCAUUUGGCAAGUAUGGCCGCAUCAGCGAGGUUCUCUUGAUGAAAGAUCGAGAAACCAGCAAGUCCAGGGGCUUCGCGUUUGUCACCUUCGAAAGCCCCGCGGACGCCAAGGCCGCCGCCAGAGACAUGAACGGCAAGUCCCUGGAUGGUAAGGCCAUCAAGGUGGCCCAGGCCACCAAGCCGGCGUUUGAGAGCGGGCGGCGGGGCGCGCCGCCGCCGUCCCGCAGCCGAGGUCGCCCGAGGGGCCUGCGCGGGAGCCGCGGGGGCGGCGGAGGCCCGCGGCGACCCCCGUCCCGGGGCGGGCCGGCGGACGACGGCAGCUACGCGGGGGAUUUCGAUCCGCGGCCCUCUAGGGCCCCGCUGCCCAUGAAGCGCGGGCCGCCACCGCGCAGGGCCGGGCCGCCCCCCAAGAGGGCCGCACCGUCGGGCCCGGCUCGCAGCGGCGGCGGCGGCGGCGGCGGCAUGCGCGGGCGGGCUACGGCCGCACGGGGGCGAGACGGCUAUGCGGGCCCGCCGCGCCGGGACCCGCCGCCUCUGCGCCGCGACCCCUACCUAGGCCCCCGGGAGGAGGGCUACUCGCCCAGAGACGGCUACUCGAGCCGAGACUACCCCCGCGAGUUUGCUCCCUCGCCCCGAGAGUACACCUACCGCGAUUACGGCCACGCCAGUGCCCGGGACGACUGCCCGUCGAGAGGCUACGGCGACCGAGACGGCUAUGGGGGGCGCGACCGUGACUACGCGGACCACCCGAGUGGAGGCUCCUACCGAGACCCCUUCGAGAGCUACGGAGACCCGCGCAGUGCCGCCACAGCGCGGGGGCCCCCGCCUUCUUACGGCGGAGGAGGCCGCUACGACGACUACCGCGGCUGCUCACCUGACGUCUACGGCGGCGGCCGCGACGGUUACGGCGGCGGCCGCAGCGACCGCUACUCGAGGGGCCGCGACCGGGUAGGCAGAGCCGACCGCGGGCUCUCCCCGUCCUUGGAAAGAGGGUGCCCUCCCCCGCGCGAUUCUUACAGCCGCUCUGGCCGCAGGAUCCCCAGGGGCGGAGGCCGCCUGGGAAGUCGCCCCGAGAGAGGGGGAGGCCGCAGCAGAUACUAAGUACCAACAGACUUGGGACCAAAAUGCCGUUUUCACAGAAACUAACGAAAAGAAGAGUCUGUGCCCUGGUCAACUACCCAAGGACUAGUACAAGGAAGAGUUGUUUUUACCUUUUAAGAAUUUUCUGUUAACCUCCUCUCCAUGAUUUUUGUGCUUUUGGGAGGAAAAAGUUAAAACUCGUUUAAUUGCGUUUUGGAAUUGUUAACGUUUCUUUCAACAAGCUCAUGUUAAAAGUGUAAGACUUGAACCUGCGUACUAGUCUUCUUAUAUUUUCAAGUAAAAAUUCUUCUAAAGGCUUCCUCCCUUCUAAAUUUUCUAAAAAUGAGACAAACAGUUCUAAGAUCUUUUACAAACGUCUCAAAAAAUGGAAAAACGGAUCAUUCUGUUCAUUCAAACCAACUAGAUUUUUGGGGGAAGAGUGGGAGGGAAUUAGUGUAUGCUACUCUUUAAGAUUUCAGGGUGUAUCUUUCAAACCCAGGCUCAGUGUUCCCAAUAUUUUGAAAGAAAAAUGACCAGCAACAACAACAAAAAUUACUUAAAUGUUUAUUUAAAGGAAGUUCUAUACACUCUGUAAGUCUUAAAAAAAAAAAAAAAAAAGCAAGUGGACAAUACUGGCCAUAUUUUGGGGUUUUUUGCCUUUACAUUGGGAAUCUGCAGGAAUUCCUGAUCCCUUUGUCCCCAAAAUACUGUUCAUAUGUGUUGAACAAGAAUGGAAUACCAAAUUAAAGAUUUGGCCAGCCAACCACAGGGAUGCGAAAAUCCCAGAAAAACAUCAAUUAAUAGCAUUUAUUUUCACCACCAACAAAUUACUAAGAAAUAAGUAGAAAAUACACCACUAGUGGAUUUGGGGAUCAUAUGGCUUCCAUUUCUAACUCCAAGCUACUUGCUCUUGGCUCUAGAGCCAGCUGCUGGCUCCUGUGGAGAGAAAUAGGAUUCUGCCCCCAGGGGUGGAGGAAUCAAAUGCGAGCAACAUCAGAGCUCAGAAGCUCAGAGAGUUCUAAGAGAGCUUGGUAUUUCAACAUCUGAGGAUUUCAUCCUGGUAUGAGGGACUUGGGUCUGCCUGUUCCCAAAAGGCAAAGGGAUGGGUUGAGUGUACUGUUAACGUGGGCGGAAGGGCUUGAGCAGACAGAAAUCAGAGAGGCUUCCUCCAGAGUGCCUCAGGAGGGAUGUAACAACCUCCUCUUUCCACCCCAAGCUCAGGGCAAGAAACCCCUUUUCCAGUCAGCACCUGUGGAAUUUCCCAUUUAUUUGAGAGAGAGGUAAUUGCACAGUCAAGGAGUUCCGGUAGCCGCCAGAGAAAAAGGACCAGGUUAAAAUAGUAGGAUUCAUGUUCUGCGUAAUAAUUGCUGGAGGAAAUAGAUGGGAAUUUGAACAACAAAGUACUUAAAGAGAUCUGAAUGUACCACACUCACAUACACAACUCUAAAAAUAUGGUUUUUGACAAAAUAAUAAAGUAGGUGAAUUACAGCAAAGGCUGCAUUAGUGGCCCAGAAGAUCAAAUGCAGGAAAUAGCUUAAAAAUAAAGUCCAGAAAUCAAUCUGGCAAAAAUGUGUAACAGCUUUAAGGAAAAGUUGUUAAUGUUUAUUAAAGGACCUGAAAGAAGACUAAAUAAAUGGGAGGUUUAUAUCAUGU